UUUGAGGGCAACCCACGGGCCACGGGUCGUCGGGUCCCGUUGUUUUUCUCCCAGCCGCCCACCAAGCAACAGCGAGUUCUCUCAGGCGAACACGUCGGCGGCGCCAACUCCGGCGAGCGGCGGCGCUGCUAGUCGGCGCCGGGUAAGUCGCAUCUCGACGUCCACGGCUCAAUCCCUGCACUAGGUAGGCCUCGCGCUGUUGUCCCCGCUUGCCCUUACCCGCACCUUUCCUCCCCGAUCCCCAAAUCCUCCAAUCCCACUAUAGUUGAUCGCCCUUCUCAAGCGGCUGAGCAACCGACGGCCAGAGGAGGAAGAGGCGCUCAGGUGGCGUCGCGGGAACCGGUUACCGGCGAAGGCGGACGGUGGCGGCGGCGGCGGGGGCGAUGGCGAAGCGGCUGGUGGCGCGGAUGAUGGGGAUGUUCCGGUCGCGGACGCAGGUGGGCGUCGACAGGGCCGGCAACAACUACUACUCCCUCGUCGAGGAGGUCGACGGCGCCAUGAAGGAGAAGCGGUGGGUGGAGUUCAAGGGCGACCAGGACCCGACCACUGUUCCAGUUGAGUGGAUUUGCUGGUUGAAUGGACAAAGGAAGAAAGCCCCCACACCAGAGGAAUUGGCUGAGCUGGAGGCAAGGCGUGAGCGUGUCAGGCAAAAUGUUGAACUUCUCAAAAAGAAAGAAGAAGAGGAAAGAAGGGCUGGUGUCCGACCAGUCAAGAAAAUCGGGAAAACCGAAUCUCCAAAUCUGAGAAGUUUUACGCAGCAGUUCCCUGGUACUUCUGUAGAUCAAAAGAAAGGACCUGAAUCUAAGCCUAAUGGUCCGACUGAUGCACAAGAUGCCACAACAGAUAAUGACAGGUCUACGGAACCAACAGGUACGGGUGCAUCUUUUAAGCCAGGAACUUGGCUGCCACCAUCAUGAAUUCCAUCCAGCGGAGGAAGGGCCUCUGCUCGACCAUUUCCUUUGGCCUACCUGCUUUGCUGAUAGGUUCUCGGAAGAUUAUGCUCUCCUUUACCAUUUGAUACGAGAAUUGGGAAAUUUUGUAUGCUGUGCGACAAUCAGACAACGUAUGUUUGCUAGCUGUUAAAGUUCAGUGAGGCCUCACCUCGCUUGGCAGCACCUGUGUUCCCUUUUUUUUUUUUUGGCCGAAGUCUUCGGUGCUAGUUUUGAUGGACAGUUGUCCGCUUUAGCAAAAAUUUGGAAGACAACUACUCAGAAUUAGUUCUUCUUAAAUUAAGAGGUCUGUUUUUCGUUUC